AUGCUGGCAAUGAAUAUUUAUGAAAAAUCAGAUUUGCUUAAUUUAAUUUAUAAUCUUAAAAGCCAUUUAAUAGAAAACCCUUGUAAUAAAGUUAAGUUGUUUACUAUGUAAAAAGAAAGGAAAAUAGGUAAUAUUGAUGAUAGCAAUUAAGAUUUGCAUAAAAAAUCUAAAUAGUAUUUAAAAGAACUGAUCGAUAAACUUAAAAGAGAUGAAUUAUAAAUAGCUAAUUAUGGGAGAUCCAAAUUUUAAGUGUAUAAAUUUAUAGAUUAAAUUAUGCACAAAAAAAUAAUGAUACUAUUUUAAUUGAGAGACAUUUAAUUAAGGUACUUUGGAUAUAGUAAAUAAAAACGUUGAAAAAAUCUCUCAUAUAUAUAAAAAUAAGAUUAAGGAUUUAAAUAUAAUUGUGGAAUCAUAAAAAGGAGAGUUAGUGAUGACAAAACAGACAUUAAAAGAAUUCAAGAAUAUCAUCAAUGAACAGAUUAUUUAGUAAAAAAAAUAGCACAAUUAAUAAAAGAUCCUGACAAAAUAUUAUUUUCAAGAUAAUCAUGGAAAUUUAUUUAUUUUAUUAAUAAUAGAAAGAAUUUGA